CUUCGUUCUGCUGCUCUACUGUCCAAAUCUCUCCAGACACUCUAGUCCAUUCAUCUUGCAACGGUUCUCAAGUCAUUCAAGAUGAUGUUCCCUAACGAGUUUGAUUCGUUCCCCAAGGUUACGGCUACGCUGCCCAUCACCACGCCCACUUCGGUGGCUCCCAUCCCCACCGUGAUCCCCGGCGCCCCGCUCUUCCAGGAUCUUCAUGACACGGGGAAGCGUACUCUUUGGGUCGUCACCGUCUUGAUGGGCGUAUCCUCCCUCGCCUUCUACACACUCGCCGCCCGCGCCCCAUUGUCCAAACGAGUCUUCCACACUCUGACCUCCCUGAUAACCACCAUCUCCUUCAUCACCUACCUCGCCCUCGCAACCGGCCAAGGAAUCACCUACAAACACGCCCACAUCACCAACCACCACAAACAUGUCCCCAACACGGCCGACGACUACUACCGCCAAGUCCUCUGGCUCCGCUACGUGAACUGGGCCAUCUCCACUCCACUACUCCUCAUCAAUUUCGCGCUCAUCUCCGGUCUACCGGGUGGCAACCUGUUCGCUGCUAUCGCGGCGAACUUCGUCAUGCUGGCCACGGGCUUGUUGGGUACUUUUGCGGGCCACACCAAGCAACGAUGGGUCUGGUUGACGAUUAGUUGUCUGUCCUACCUGGUGAUGUUACACCACGGAGGGUUCCAUGCGCAACGGGCGGCUAGGAACAAGGAUACGCGGAUUUCGAGGUUCUUCGGAGCCUUUUCGGGGUCUGGGUUUGUUGCCUUCGCGUUGUUCCCGAUUGCCCUCGCUGCGGGUUCCCUCGCUUUGAAGAUCAGUGUUGACGUCGAGACUGUUCUUUUUGCCAUCCAGGAUAUCUUCACUCAAGGCAUUCUGGGUUACUGGCUGUUGCUGUCACAUGAUAAUGCCCAGGGAGUUACUCUCUAUGCGGACGGUUUCUGGUCCUCGGGCGUUGGAAACGAAGGCGCUAUUCGCAUUACCGACGAAGAUGGCGCGUAAAUUGGAUCUGAGGCUGUGAGUACAACGACUUACUGGCAGGCUCGCUAUUCCGGGGACGAAUUAAGUUGGCUCUUUACCAAUCGUCCGCUUUCAAAGUCCCUUCAACCUUCUUGGACUCGUACUUCGCCUCUAAUCUGAGGCAUCGUGAAAUUGGACCUUGAGUCAUUGUAACAGCGUGGUUCUCCAAUUCUCCAUUCAAUCGUUAAAAUAACAUGUAUCAAAUGCCACUGUGAUGACUA